AUGGGCUACAAAACCGAAGACCGCGUCUACUCCAGAGACCUUCCGCGCCCCACGCGAAAGCACCUCUACGCGCACCCCCUCGCCAACGUGCCCGGCUUCUCCAUCGUGGCGAUCCUCGUGAAGCUGCCGCCCAACGGGGCGACGCCGCCGCACCGACACGGCGGGGCGUCCGUCGCGGGCGUCGUGGUGUCGGGGACGGCGUACAACAAGAUGAACGACGGGCCGACGAUGGUGCUGGGGCAGGGCGAGAGCUGGUACGAGGAGCCGGGGUGCCACCACGUGACGAGCGCGAACGCGAGCGGGGAGGAGGAGUGCCACUUGCUGGCGACGUUUGUGGUGGAGACGAAGGUGGUGGAGGAGGGAGGGCCGGGGGCGUUGGUCGUGGUGGAUGAGGAGUGGGCGGACGUGGAGAUUAAGGUCGAGUGA